CGCCGCCGGCGCACGGCCGGCCGCCCGCCCCGCCGCCGUCCCCAGCCGCCCUCCUCCCUGCCGGGCCGGGCUGCGGCGCAGGGCGCGGGCGCGUGGAAGCGGCGGCUGCGGAGGAGAGGCGGCGGCUGCCCCAUGGAGUGUUACUACAUUGUCAUCAGCUCCACGCAUCUCAGCAACGGACACUUUCGCAACAUCAAGGGAGUUUUCCGGGGCCCUCUCAGCAAGAACGGGAACAAAACUCUGGACUAUGCUGAGAAGGAGAACACUAUUGCCAAGGCUCUGGAGGACCUGAAGGCGAACUUCUACUGUGCACUCUGUGACAAGCAGUACUACAAGCAUCAAGAAUUCGACAACCACAUCAACUCCUAUGAUCACGCCCACAAGCAGAGACUCAAAGAACUGAAACAGAGAGAAUUUGCUCGAAAUGUAGCCUCUAAAUCCAGGAAGGAUGAGAGAAAACAGGAAAAGGCACUCCAGCGUCUUCACAGGCUGGCUGAGCUAAGGAAGGAAAGUGUGUGUGCUCCUGGCAGUGGCCCCAUGUUCAAGUCCACGACUGUGACUGUGAGAGAAAAUCCCAGUGACGUUUCCCCAAGCGAGACUGUAGAGCCAGCUCACAACCAGCGAGAACCGGUUCAUCGUGCAGAGGGAGGGAAAGAUGUUCCCGCAUCCCCAGCGGACACGGAAAGGGCAAGUAACUGCACAGCAAAUAGUUGCCAGCGUGGGGAUCACACCCAGGCUGUCCACAGACACAGGACCGGCUUCUCGUUUGCUUUUCCCAAGAAAGCCUCUGUGAAGCUGGAGUCCUCGGCAGCGGCCUUCUCUGAGAACAGCGAUGAGUCUUGUGUGGAGAAAUUCAGCAGGAAGACGAGAUUUGUGCCCAGCUCUUGUCACCUUCAGCUCGCCUCACCGACAUGUGAGCUUCUGAGUUCUGAGAAGGCUCACUCUUCUCAUCCACCAGAGGCUGUGUGUGCCGGCAAAGCAACUGCUCAGAUUGAGGAGAUGAAAAACGCCUCUAGUGAAAGUAAUCCACUGUUAACCACUUCCUCUUGCCAACCUCAGCUCCCCGCACGUUCUGGUGCAGACACUUGCCAAAAUUCAGCACCAUUUGAAGAUCAAAUAUCAACGGCAGAUGUCAUGGUUAGUGAAGAGGUACCUGUGAGUAACAGCCCCGAUGUCAUAGAAGGUCCCACGGUGCCUAAUGACUGCACACCAGCACUGACUACCACAGAGGAAAAAGUUGAGAUUAAUGAUGUGGCCAAAACGGAAACCAGAAAUAAAACUGGUCAUGAGCUGCUGGCACCUUCAAGUACUGCUGAGGAAAACACAAGGUUCCAAAAGAGACCAGAUUCAUGUAAAAGACAGUGUGAUCCAUUUGUACCUGUACUUAACAAACUUGGCUCCACUGUGCUUCAGUGGCCGUCAGAGAUGCUGGUUUACACAGCCACAGAGCCAUCGAUAUCAUACAGCUGUAAUCCACUCUGCUUUGACUUCAAGUCCACUAAAUUAAAAAACCAUCAAGAUAAAAACAAGCCAACGGUAAAUGACCUUUCUCAACCGAAGGAGGAGGAGCUUUUCAAGGGAUCAGAUGCUGACUGCAAUGAUGCAGCAGUUGGAGGAGGCACAAAUGAUGAAAUUAGCAGCAGUAAAAAUGAUCACUCUCAAGCUACAACUCUUUCGGCCAGCCACAUUUUGUCUAAUAGUUGUGAUUUAGGACAGAGUGAAAAUGUCGGUCAGAGGUAUAAAGGUAUUUCCUGUAUGAACAGAAAAACACAUAAUUUUACUAGGAAUCAAAUUAAACGAGACACUCUAAAUGAAAAGUACAAUAAAAUCAGGUUGAAGGAAACCCGUGAACACUGGUUCCAUAAAAGUAGAAGAAAGAAAAAAAGGAGAAAGUUCUGUCGACAUCAUCAUGGGGGCACAACCAAAGAGCCUGAAACUCACGGCAAAAUGGAAAGCGGCAGUCGUUGCAUCGGUGAGAUCCGGCAGGGCCCACUGGGACCAGUUCCUGAGAGGCAGAGAAUGAGUCCAGAGCAAUUGCCAGACUUAUAUCUGCUAUCUGAUGCAAGGCCCAAAGCAGCAUCUGUACAGAUAAGGGAAAAUGAGGAAAUGAAUGCAACAUGGAACACUGAAUCCAACAACGAGGCUACAGAAUCUCAGAACCAUGGAGGAAAAACUGCAAUAUUUGUAAAUGGACAAGCAAAUCCACCAAUGAUACAUUCUGAGAAGCAAAAUUUGACACAGGGCAGAACUCACUGCUGUUGGAAAGGCAGAACAUCAAGCCGUCGAGGGGAUGACAGGUGCUUCGUUUCUCAAAGUGAUGUGAAAGGCCCCAGUCAGAAUCAGCCUGUCAAGAGAGGUUACAAUGCUCUCACAAAUGAAGCAGAGAGAUUUCACAGGAAACGCAGACAACAUUCGUGUUCUUACUCAUCAGACGAGAGCUUAAACCAACACAAUCAUUUAACAGAAGAAUAUUUGAGACCACCAAGUGCUUCAGUCCCUUCCUGUCAGCCUAGGAAGAAACGAAGGAGAAAAAGAAGUAGAUUCCACAUUGGGGGAAGAACUUGGAAAAUCAAAGACAGUUCAGACUAUCUCACGAGGCCCAGUUCUUCUCUGAGUCACCGAGAUGGAUUAGUGAAGGAAGACAGAAAGGAGGAAAUAAAACCACAAGAAAAUGUAAGUACUGAGGAGUCCUCAGAACAAAUAGAGACAGCAGACGUCCAAGGGCCGCUCUGUCCCUGCAGUGCGCUUCCUCCUGAAGCCAGCGGCCAAGGCCAGCAGUCGGCAAAGGAGACCACUCCAGGUGACCUUCCGCAGGCUUCUGGUGACCUCACUCCAUCUGCACGUGUGGCAAGGCCCCCGUCAAAGGACGCCAGCGAGGGCACCUUGCUUGAGCACAAUCAAAGAAGUCAGACCACAAACCGUGACGAAAAGCAAGUUCCUUUCAAGGUGCCUAACACAGAGAGAAACUUCAGAAACUCGCAGCCCAGGUCACAGGUUGGCCGCUCUGAGCUGGCCGAGGGCGGCCCGCAGGGAAAGGCUGAGGCCUCAGCAGAGUGGCUGUGCUACAAUUCGGGCCUCCUCCGCCCACCCCCGCUACCCUUCAAGGAGGCCCAGGUCAGCGGCCACACCCUCGUGACCACCGAGCAAAUCCUGGCCCCACUGGCCCUACCAGAGCCUGCGCUGUUCAUCCCGCUGGAAAACCACGACAAGCUGAAGCCUCUGCCCUGCGAGGUCUACCAGCACAUCCUUCAGCCGAACGUGCUGGCCAACAAGGUCACCAUCACCUUCCCCCCGGCGCCCCUGCCUCCUCCCAGCGCGCCCGUGCAGCCUCUGCAGCGGCCCUUCUGCUCUACCUCGGUAACCACCAUCCAUCACACUGUCCUGCAGCAUCACGCAGCCGCCGCAGCCGCCGCGGCCGCCGCCGCAGCCGCGGGAACCUUCAAAGUGCUCCAGCCACACCAACAGUUCCUUCCCCAGGUCCCUGCGCUCGCCAGAACAGCUAUACCUCAGCUCUCCGUAGGAACGGUCGGGCCUCGGCUGUGCCCCGGAGGUCAGCCCGCUCUGCUGGCCGCUCCGCAGAUGCCAAUCAUCCCUGCAUCCGUCCUCCAGCCCGGCCACCUGGCCUUCCCACCCCUGCCCCAUGCGCUUUUUCCUUCAUUGCUUUCACCCCACCCGACCGUCAUUCCCCUCCAGCCCCUCUUCUAGCCUCCACCGCAAAGGGAAAAGAACAGAGGUGUUCACCUACAUGCAAAAGUGGCGGUGUAACUGACAGAAUAGACUGGCCAAAGCUGCCCUUACUGAUUUCAAACCAUUUACUGUACGUGUAACGAUGCUAAUAAAUUAUCAAAGUUUCUGAUAUAUAAUAUUACUAAAGCACUGAAUAGUUUGAGGAUCACUACAAUAUAUGCUGUAUAUUAAAAUGAUGUCUUAAGAGUAUGUAUAAUGUACAUAAAAUAUAUUUAUAGUACUGUAAUUUAUGUUGUAAAGUUUGCUCUUGUUUUUUCUAAUCUUUGUGUAUUUGCACCUAUUUAAUGUUUAGACAAAGCGAUGACCCUAUUUGUUUUGUACCAUGUUCCUUGAAACUGUAAAUUCAGUGAAAUAUAUCUCUUGCAAUAAAUUUUUGUUAAUUAUUUAAGUAAAUCAAACUUUGGUGUUUAGGUGGUCUUCACUGAUUUAGAAAUAUUGGAUAUUUUCUCUUCAUGAUUUUUUUUCUGCCCAGUGGUUUCACUGAAUCACCAAGAACCAAGAAUCUUCAGUGUUUUGCCACACUUAAGUGUUGCCAUCAAUCACAGGAAGUAUAAUAGUAUAUUUGUUAGGUCUCCACUUCUUUUUUUAAUUUUUUAUUUAACUUUUAUUAAUUACACUUUAUUCCUUUUGUAUCCCCCCAUAAGCCCCCUCCCUCCUCCCCUCCCAGUCCCACCCUCACCCCCUUUCUGCAUGCAUGCCCCUCCCCAAGUCCACUGGUAGGGGAGGUCCUCCUCUCCUUUCUGAUCUUAGUCCAUCAGUUCUUAUCAGAAGUGGCUGCAUUGUCAGGGUUCUAGUUUAUCUCCAUGAAUAGUCCUUGCUUGGAGUAUGAAUCUCUGCGAAGUUCCCUGUGUUCAAAUUUUCUUGUUCUGUUGCUCUCCUUGUGGAGACCCUGUCCUCUCCAGCUCUUGCUAUUUCCCACUUCUUACCUAAAAUUCCAUUCACUCUGCCUGUCAGUUGGCCAUCAGGCUCAGCAUCUGCUUUGACAGUCUGCACGACAGAGGCUCCACUUCUUAUAAUAUCACUUAUAUUGAGAAUUUAGUGCAUUUCUUGGCCAUGGAUUUAGACAAUAGCCAUGGGAAUUUAUAUUUAAGCAACUUUAGGAUUUGAAAGGGCAGUAGUCUAAAAAUCCUGCAGAAUAUAUACUACCCCCAUAAAAAUACUAAAACACAAAUGUCAACAAAGUAAUAUAAGUGUGUUCAUAAAAUUUUUGAAUGUUAAAAUUUUAAAAAUUACAUUAAUUUUCAAGUCCUAUAUGAAACAUAUAUGAAAACAGUAACAUACAUGAAAAAAUAAUUUUAAUAUUAAUAAGUCCCUAUUAAAUGACAAUCUGAGAUCAACCACAGAAACAUUGUCUGUGGCCUGAUAUAUUCUUGAGAAUAUCAAGGUGGAAAAAAAUCAAUAGCUGUUCCUUUAGUAAUCCUUUUGUAGCAUCUUUCCAAAUCAGGGAGCAACAACUGUAGACAUUUUCCUGAUUAGCUUUCCAGAUUCUGCUUUAUUUGUAAUUAUCUCAGUGUUAUACUUUACCCAAACAUUGAUGAAUAAUAAAACAUGUGGAUGCUUAAUGGAAAACCAUGGAAGAAGACAACUUCCUCAAGCAAGUUUCCUAGCUGUGUCUGCUCCAGUGAAGGCCUGCUGCUAAGAAGUCUUCAUCUUAGUCAGGGUGGGUUCACCUCAUCAGACACAAAUGUUAGGAUUCUUGUUUUAUCAGAGGACACAAUGGACUUCAACUUCCAUGUGGUUCUGUUCUGAAAACUGGAUCUGCCAUGUCAUAAAAACCAAUAUUGAGUUUUAUUUUAACUAAGAGCCAAAGAAGAAAGAUAGGACAGUUAUUUUCACUAAUAAUUGAUGUUGAUGCUCUCCUUAAAAAUGCUUGUGAUGGACUAAAUGUGCCAAUUUAUGAUUGAAAAAUAAGUAGAUAAUAAUAAGAUAGAAGUAAUUUUAUUUCAAAUGCUUUAAGAUAUUAUGUCCCCCAACUGGGAACUUAAAUUGAAAGAGAUAAGUAAAACAUUAGAAAAUAUCUUUAAAGACAAAGUAGAUGAAGAUGUCUCCUGGAAAAUGCUGACCCAGACUGGCUUUCAUCUAACAGAAGAAGAUGGCCGCUUACGUGGCCCCAACUCAGCCUGACUGUCUGACUUUACCAAACGCACCUUGCUCUCCAUCACACUAUGUCCACUCUCCAGCUUGCUACUCACCUACUCGCUUACCUCUUUUGAUUCCUAUUCCUGGAGGGUCUCCCUGCCGCUCUUCUUUCAUGUCAUCACUUCUGUUUUCAUUUCCAAAUGAAGUGGUCCUCUAGCUGUUUAAACUGUUGUUGUCAAAUCAUGUGGUUAGCUACACUGGCUUAACUUUAAAUGAUAGUAAUUGUAUAGUUUGCUGCUAGCACAUGACAGGAAUUUCUAGUAUGUAGGAGGGAGAGAGUUUUAUGUAAGAUGGGUGGAAAUUGAACUCGACAUCUAAAUUGUUAGGUUGUCAUGGAUACAGAUAGUUCAACAGGAGACCUGAGCUUCAGUUAAGUACUAUCAAAGCACCAUCCUUAUUAUAACUUCACCUCUAUAUUUAAUACUGUUCUAAGAAAUUAUUUACAUUUUCCUCUCAUCCAUUAUGUGUUCAGAUGUGAAUUUAUGAGGAGACACUUGUUCAUCACCUGAUAACACUCACCCUACAGCGAAGUGACUCGAAUCAACGGGUGAAGAGCGACGAUGAGUGGGAAAU